AUGGCCUCAUCACCAACGGGCCAACUGUUCUCGUCGUCCACUCUGACCACUCUGGCCCAAGCCCAACAACAGGUGGAUCCAGAGCUAAGGUUCCACUCGGUGAAGACAUGCUUAACGUCACUCAAGUGGGAGGAAAUUGAUUUCACCCCACCUCCGGCACCGCCCGCCCGUCCUAGACCAUGCAUCAUCACCGAUAGAAGCACUCAGUUCACGUCCUCGUUGUGGCACGAACUUUCAAAGUUGUGGGCGAGCGAGUUGCACCAUACCACAGCUUACCAUCCCCAAGCCAACGGGCUCAUCGAACGUUUUCAUUGUCAACUAAAGGACGCCCUUCGGGCUCAGUUGGCCGGGCCACAUUGGUAUCAUCAUCUACCCUGGGUUUUAUUCGGAAUUCGAUGCCCACCCAAAGAUGACAUUCAGAUGUCCCCAGCGCAACUUUUAUAUGGUGCCAGUUUGAAAGUUCCUGGAGCACUCUGCCUUCAUCCCAAUGACCAAACCACACCCACUCAACAUUUCCGGAACCUGCGUGAACGUUUGGCUCACUUGGUACCUCCAGCCUCUCAAUUCCACGGCAAACCCAAUUCAUUUGUCCCUCCUCUGCUUCACACAUGCCCGUUUGUUUGGGUACGGGUGGACCGGGUGCAAUCCUCACUUGAACCCCCGUACCAAGGUCCUAUUGCAGUCCUUCAGCGUCAACCCAAAUCGUUUUUGCGUGACAUGGAUGACAAGAAGCGUCAUGUCUCGCUGGAUCAACUCAAGCCAGCCUUUUUCGACGAUUCUCACCCUCUUCCAACCGAAACUCAAUCUGGUCGCUUGAUUAAGGCACCCGCAAGAUAUCGAUCCGGAUGA